AUGUAUUUCUUGAAGACAAGAAAAUACCUCGAAGCACAGGAGGCAAAUGAAUCUGCAGAAAAGAAUCGACAGAGGGACCGUUACCAGCGGUCUGACUCAGCGCGACUGGUGUUGCAAGCCUUACCUCAGCAGUUGAAGGAGAGCGACGAUGGGAAAUCUUCCAAACUUGCGUCUUCCGCAGAUGCUGUACACGGCACUACGACGGGUUCAGCAGUCGAUUCAACAGUGAGGUUUAAACCGGAGGAAUUACCCGAUGGUGCAUGUUUUCGACCGAAGAAGGACCUGAUAAACUUGCCGAUAUCGAAGACACCGUCGUCUUCAGGCGCAGCUACAACUUCUACACAAGAUGCUACAGCAGGGACAGCCGCUGAAAGCGAACAUAUGGAAUACGUACGUCCAGCUGAGUACAUUGGAACGUUCUCAGUUUCUGGGAGUGAUAAACAAGCCCGGGAGCACCAGAUGGAGUCGCAGCUGGAACAAAUGAGGAAUGCCCGAGACAGGAGACCAGUCAACUUGAUCAUUUCAAACAGAGGGGUCAAGGUGGUGCUCAUUGAAAAUAAUAAUGUGUUCAUGGAUCACUCCCUGAAGCGGAUUUGGUAUGCCACAAGCGACCCAGAAUACUGUCAGUUUUCUUUUCUGGCCCGUGAACCAAAGACUAGCGCUGAGGUUCAGUACUGCCAUGCAUUUGUUACCAAAACUGCUGAACAGGCAGAAGAGCUCAUUUCUAUAAUCGGAGAUGCCUUCAAGUCCACCUACACAGAGACAAAGAAGCAACCAACAUUCCAUGAGCUGAUAGAACAACAGGUGCAGCAGCAGCAGGCCAAGUUCCGGGAGAUCCAAGAGGAAGCCAAGAACGCUCUUCAGCAAAAAUUGAAAGAGAUAGCCACCCCUACUCCAUUUUCAGAGAAAGCUCAGUUUCGUAUGGAGCAGAGGAGGAAAUCAGAGGAUGUCCAUUUGAUGGUGGGCUCCGAGAAAGUGUGGGCCAAACAGCAGAUUGAGCAAUAUGGCGUGAAGCACACUAUGUCCCCAGAGAGAGCUGCUAAUAAAUCGGCUGGGAUAAGGCAAAGUGACAUCCCACCCAGACAUGCUACACCCCAGUCGUCUCCUUUGAAGCGCAAUUCUGUACCUCCACAGGCAGCCUCAACGUCACACUCAGUGCCUUCCUCUCCUCCACCUCAUUCUCUGUCUGCCUUGGCUAUAAAAGAAUCUGUCGAGGCACGAACUUCAAACAGCAAAUGUAAAGGUUCCCCAGUCAUUGCCUUAAAGAAUGAAAUUGACAGACGCCUUUCAAUGACCAACGAAGAUGACAUCCAGUCAGUUAUUAUCUUGCAAAGAGAAUUUAGGAAAGAACAAAUGAGGCCACCUAAGCAGCAACCAAACAGUAUGGCCAACAGACCUCUACCUCUUCCACCCAGCAUUAGCAUGAGCCCACACCGAUCCCGGCAGUACCUUGACAGUCAGAGUCCUUUGCAGCAGUUACAUUUACGACAGCGUCAGCAGCUACCUCAUGCACUAGUACCCCAGCGAAGCCUGGACGACUACCACUUACCUCGCUCCUCCAGCUCUCAAGGCUCAUUCUCCUCUAAUGCCAGGGAUGAAGUUGUCAAUGUGAAAAUCAGAGACUCACCCACAAGAAGGCAGAAGCGACCGAUGAGUGAAAUCGCCACAUCCUCAAGUGGUAGUCCAGGCUUUGGUGCAGUAGGGAGUAGUUUUUAUGAGCAGCAACGACAGUGUUUAUUGAGUAACUUUGCCGCCAGCUUUCAACUUUCUAAUCGCACUGAUGUCUGUGUCCUUGAUACUGUCGGGCAGAACCAAGAGGGACACAUGGUCACAGAACAAGGAUUUCAUGAAGCUUUUCAAAACAGAGGCCGCAAUUUCAAUAGAAGAGCGGACGUCAGACUGAGGGAAGUCAGAAAGGAAGGAUUACCUGCAGUUCCACAUGGUUCUCGUCAGUCUAAAGGGAGCUCGUCAUCAGACUCUAGUCACCCACAGACACAUGGCCAUGACAUUCUGAACCGUCCUGUCAGUUUAGGCCAAGAGCAGAUGGCAGGUCCAGGUUUGCAACCAACAUCCAGUUCAAGCCAAGGCCGGGGUGAGUCUGCGGUGCCUCGGUACCAGAAUGACAGUCCCUUUCGUACUGACAAGCCAGAACAAGGCUCCAAGCAUCCAGCAGGGUAA